UGCACCGCAAAGACGAAGGCUGCCCGUUGCGCCACCGGCUCUCUUCCGGCUUCUCCGUUGGUGACAGCUUGGAAAAAGAAUGGGUGACCACGAGACGGCGUCGGCCAUGGACUCCACUACGGGAGGAGAUGCGUCCGCUUACACAAGCCAAAGUACUGUGGCGCCACUUCUAAAUAAGAAAGGAUCCAGCAAGAAGAAUGUGUUCGUGGCAGUCGGUGUUGGCUUGCUCAUCGUCGGGGUCUUGAUUGUCGCCGUGCUUCUGUUCACAGGCUCGUCUGCUUCGGGCGAACGCGUCAUCGGAAAAGAUGAUGAAGACAGUGACGGGAGCAACCAACCGCAGUCGUACGUAGUGAACACGGACAGCGCGCAAACUAAGACGACUAACGUGACCAAAACCAAGGGAAUGACGGAGGAGCCGACUUCAAAAGAAGCCGAGGGAAUGAAGGAGGAGCCGACUUUAAAAGGGGCUACGAGAGCAACCAAGACAUCUAAGAAAACAGUCUCUCCCGCCAGGAACAAACACAACGACACAACGGAAAACGAUGACGACGACCGAAACAACAACAAAGGCAACGAUAGCAAAGAAGAAGAUGACAACAAAGGCAACGAUAGCAAAGAAGAAGGUGACAACAAAGGCAACGAUAGCAAAGAAGAAGAUGACAACAAAGGCAACGAUAGCAAAGAAGGUGACAACAAAGGCAACGAUAGCAAAGAAGAAGGUGACAACAAAGGCAACGAUAGCAAAGAAAAAGGUGACAACAAAGAAGACGACAACAAAGAAGACGACAACUAAGAAGACGACCACGACAUCAAAGAGCACGGGUACAACGACAACAACGCAUGCUCACGGGUCACCCAAGGUUUUUAGACUUUUUUACAGGUUUGAAAGUUUUGAAAGGAAAAUGUGUCGCAUAGAUACGAAUAAAAAUUUUACUGAAAUCAUCAUAA